AGUAAGAGAGAGAAAAGAGGGGCAGCGAAAGGGUGGUGUCGGCUUCGACCAAACACGACCUUAAUCUUAUCAUCCUUCGAUCCCAAUUCCCAAAUUCUCCCACUCCCACUCCCAAAUCAAAACCCUAAUUUACUUGUUUCAGGUCAGGAGGAGGAUUCGUUUCAGCUGAUCAGCUCUGCAUCUGUUUCUCUGUGGUAAGAAAAAAAGCUUCAGGGUUGGGAGAAUAUUUUCUCAGUUUUGUUAUGGCAUUCUCAGCUUCCAAUCAUCCCCAAGGCACUUCCAGGACAGGGACACCUGGUGAUGCUUUGUAUAAGGAACUAUGGCAUGCUUGUGCUGGUCCCCUUGUCACCCUUCCAUGUGAAGGGGAGCGAGUUUAUUACUUUCCACAGGGUCAUAUGGAACAGCUUGAAGCAUCAAUGCAUCAAGGGUCGGAGCAGCAAAUGCCUUCAUUCAAUCUUCCAUCCAAAAUUCUAUGUAAAGUUGUUAAUGUUCAGCUUCGGGCUGAACCUGAAACAGAUGAGGUUUAUGCACAAGUUACCCUCCUACCGGAAGCAGAUCAAAGUGAGGUAACAAGCCCAGAUCCUCCACUCCCAGAAACUCCACGGUGUACAGUACAUUCAUUCUGCAAGACACUUACUGCUUCUGACACCAGCACACAUGGUGGAUUCUCCGUCCUUCGUAGGCAUGCUGAUGAUUGUCUGCCACCACUGGAUAUGUCCCAGCAACCUCCAUGGCAAGAAUUGGUUGCAACUGAUUUGCAUGGAAAUGAAUGGCAUUUUCGGCACAUAUUUCGAGGGCAACCAAGGCGCCACUUGCUCACAACUGGAUGGAGUGUUUUUGUGAGUUCUAAGAAAUUAGUAGCUGGGGAUGCAUUUAUAUUCCUAAGAGGUGAAAAUGGAGAGCUGCGUGUUGGAGUAAGGAGACUCAUGAGACAACCAAGCAAUAUGCCGUCUUCUGUUAUUUCUAGUCACAGCAUGCAUCUUGGAGUUUUGGCGACUGCAUCUCAUGCCAUUGCAACUGGGACACUAUUUUCUGUAUUCUACAAGCCAAGAACAAGUCGGUCUGAGUUCCUUGUAAGUGUCAACAAGUACAUUGAAGCUCGCAGUCAGAAGCUGUCUGUUGGGAUGAGGUUUAAGAUGAGAUUUGAGGGUGAGGAAGUUCCUGAAAGAAGGUUCAGUGGUACAAUUGUUGGAGUUGGAGAUAAUACAGCACCUGGAUGGGCGAAUUCUGAGUGGAGAUCACUAAAGGUCCAAUGGGAUGAGCCCUCAUCAAUAUUGCGACCAGAUCGAGUAUCACCAUGGGAUUUGGAGCCCCUGGUGGCAACUGCUCCCCAAAACUCCCAACCUGCACUGAGGAAUAAGCGGGCUCGGCCUCCUGUUUUACCUUCGCCAUCCCCAGACCUUACUGCGCUGGGUGAAUGGAAAUCCAAAGCUGAGUCUCCUUCGGCUUUCUCCUAUAGUGACUCACAGCGUGGGCGAGACAUUUAUCCAUCCCCGAAGUAUAAUUCUGCUUCAAAACCCAAUUCUCUGUGCUUUACUGGGAACAAUUCUCUUGCUGCCGUUUCUGGGAACACAAUGUUUUGGCCUAAUCGAGUUGAUGGUGUAACCGAGCCUUUUUCACCUGUUAUGAACAAAGAUUGUGGGGAAAGGAGACAAAGCACUGGGAAUGGCUGUAGGCUGUUUGGAAUUCAGCUACUUGAAAAUUCUAAUUUAGAAGAGACUUCUCCUGUGCUUACGGUGUCUGGAAAGUUGGGGGAUACUCUACCAGUUUCAUCAUUUGAUGCGGAAUCUGACCAACAUUCGGAACCAUCAAAUCUCAAUCGAUCUGAUCUUCCUUCAGGAAGUUGUGAUGCUGAGAAGUCAUGUCUGAGAUCACCACAGGAAUCUCAAAGCAGGCAAAUCCGGAGCUGCACAAAGGUUCACAUGCAAGGGAUUGCUGUUGGAAGGGCUGUAGAUUUGACACGGUUUGAGCGGUACGAGGAUCUGCUUAAGAAACUAGAAGAGAUGUUCGAUAUUGAAGGUGAACUCUGUGGAUCUACAAAGAAAUGGCAGGUUGUCUACACCGAUGAUGAAGAUGACAUGAUGAUGGUUGGGGAUGAUCCAUGGCAUGAGUUCUGCAGCAUGGUAAGGAAGAUUUUUAUCUACACAUUAGAGGAAGUAAAGAGGUUGUCGCCCAAGAUAAAACUUCCGCUGAAUGAGGUCAAAGCUGGCCAGCCGGAUUCUGAAGCAGCAGUCAACACUGAAGACCGAUCAUCUAUAGUUGGAGCUGCAUACUGAUCUGCUCCCUGCAUAAAGAAAAAUUGGAAGAAAAAGAAGAUGAAAUUGGAAGAUGGAACUUGACCGUCGCAAGAGACUCUGAAAAAUUGAUGCUGAGCCGGCUAUGACAAACUAGUCAUGCUGGAACACAUUGUGUAGUUUCCCUGCAUGCUGAAAUGGAGCGGGGCAGUAGUCUCUAAUGCACAUGCAAUCCGAAGAAUCAUUGCUUGCGGCAGAGUUUGGGUGUUGUGGUUAUUGUUUGUUCUUUUGUCGAUAGCUCAUAGUGCUUGCUUGUUUGGGACCCAACUGGGCUACCAGAGUUUUCUACUGUGUACGGCGGGGUACAUGCUGUUCAUCUUCUUUUUUUUUUUUUUUUUUUUUUUUUUAAAUUUAUUAUUUACUUUUUGAACUUGUUGAGACAUGUUGGAUUGAGCUUUUGUACAUAAAUAUAUAGCCUUUAUCUCUUGCUUGCAA